GCCCUCUUGCAAGACCCCGCCCUAUGAGCAUCACUUCCGCUUCCUGCGCUCCUUCCCAAAUUCUUUGGCCUCAGCGUCUGCCCCAGCUAUGAGAAUACUGCUGCAGAGCCUGUCCCGGGGAGGCCGGGUGGGAACUGAGCUCUGCUACUGGGCAAGUACUCGCGGGCCGAGUGGGCCGCAGUGCCCCAGCUGGGUUGCCAGAAGCCUUUCGCACAGCCGGGGUGUCCCAAGUCUGGGAGGCCAGCCAGCCCUUGGAGGAGUCACGGUCAGCGCGCUCACUGAGAACUUUCUUCAAGGGACACAACAGUUCUCCGGCUGGGACUGCUGCCAGAGUCUUUCCCGAGGAAGACACAGUGUUCUCCACAGACACCAUGCUCCAGUGCAAGCCACUGAGAGCUGCAGAAAGUUGGGGAUGGACCACAGGGAAGGUUUCCAAACGGGUGCAGAGGAUGACAGGAAGCCAAAGGCCUCCCUGCCCCCGGAGAACCUCAUAAAACCCCCAGACUCUCUGUCACCUGAGCUCCAGCCUCCCACAAACUGCUGCAUGAGUGGCUGUCCGAACUGUGUGUGGGUAGAUUACGCAGAAGCUCUGCUAAGGCACUACCAGGAUGGUGGGGAGAAGGCCCUGGCCAUUCUAGAGGAGCAUGUGGCUGAUGAGAACCUCAAGGCCUUCCUCAGAAUGGAGAUCCGGCUCCGCACACAGGGUAGAGGCUGAGCCAGUUUACCGGGGACUCCUUGCUGCAGACAGAUGCCACCCUUUAGAAGCAGCAGGGCCACUUUUAUUCUUGAGUCUGGGAGAUUCCACAUGUCCACCAGGAAUAGAAAUUACUGUGUAACAACUUCACCUCUGAAUAAAUUCUCUGUGACAACCAA